AGUAGGCAUUGUUUAAGUAAAAUUGAUGAAAAUUACCAUAUAGCGUUCAAUGAACGUAACGAUUUGAUCAUAAAGAUGACAUCAAUGACAUUAGAUAUUUGACAUAUUACGGAAAAGCUAUGCUAAAAAAUCAUCAAAGUGGCAUGUACGCACGAUUGUUCCAACACCAUCUUCAUCAUUCGAUCAUCGAUAGAGUUUGUUAAAAGUGUUUGGACCUGCGGAAUACUGUGAACCUGUAGCUGGAUAUAUGCUUCAACUCAUGGACCACCUCUUUUUAUGCACAAAUGCGUUAAAGAGGUUUUAAUUUUCUUACAUGUUUUGUGCAUUCCGAGUAUCCAUUUUUCUAUUUUAUGACAGAGAGGCAGCGAAUAUUGAACAGAUAGGCAGCAUUUUGAAAGAAAGGCGACCGAUAUGCUUCAACACCGUGGUAUAGAUUACAGACUUUACAACUGUGCAAAUGUGAACUUGAAAUAUUGCAAGAUGUUACAAUACGCGUUUACCAAUCCAGACGUGUAUACAUGCUCACGGUGAAAAUUUGUAUACUUUAGCAUUCAACAUUGUAAAGAAGCGUUAUCAUAAGAGUUGUGGCCAUGUUUUGUGCGUUGUGUAUGCGAUUUCAAUAUACAAGUGAAUGUUAAUUUUACAUUUUGAACCUUUUUUUUAUUCAUUGAACAGUUUUAAUUGGAAAAUGCACAAGAUAAACUUUUGUGAUGCCUCCACCUUAACAAGUAUCAUUGUUGAAAAUCGGAACAUCAAGCUUUGUUUAUUUGAACGGAUAUAAUUUAACAUGUAUGUAUAAUCUAUAAUUGCAACAUGGAACAUAUCAGCUAAAUACUCAACACGUGCAACAUUUCUGGUGAUAAAUCUUAUUGGCGGUCUUUCCCUUCCGUAGAGGUGUGGAUUACUUUUGUUCUUUCUUCAAUUUUAUUUUUGUUUUAAACUGGUUCUAUAUAAUUACUAUGUUUACAUUAAACAAUUUAAAGCAUUUAAUGACAAACUUCAAAACAUGCCAAAAAAAAUCUGUGAAUAGGUCCCUUUAAGAUCUGCUUCAAUAUUCUGCUUAAAGUUUCAUACCUGGAUAUCUUUAUCAUAAGUGUGUAAACAGCGAAACAGAGAUUGUGUUUGACACUUUGAUUAAUACCAUGAAAGUUUGUUGUAAGAAAGCUUUUGUUUCACUGAACCGAGUGUAGUUUUGAUUUACGUGAUAUGUAUAUUCUGUUAGGUGUCGCGUCAGUCUGUUUAUUUAUUCUAAUACGAUGGGUCUUAAGGUCGCUACAUCUCAGUAACAAUGACACACGUUACGUGUUCAUUACCGGAUGUAACACUGGCUUCGGAAAUCUUCUGGCAAAACGUCUGGAUCGCAAGGGUGUGAACGUCAUCGCAGGGUGCUUGACGGCAGAUGGAACGGCAGCGUUACGUAAUGCGUAUUCACGGACGUUAAAGACGGUAGAGUUAGAUGUAUCGAAGGAAACAAGCAUCCGACAGGCAAAAAUACAAUGUCGGCUCUGGGCGCUUGUCAACAACGCGGGCAUCAUUGGAUCAGUCGCCCCUAUAGAAUGGCACACCCAGGCUGAAUAUCGCUCGGUGAUGGAAGUAAAUCUGCUUGGUGUAAUAUUCGUCACAAAUGCCUUUCUGCCAUUGGUAAGACGAGAACGUGGCCGUGUGAUCAACAUGACGAGCAUCCUUGGUCGGUUUGCACAGAUAUUUGGACCUUAUUGUGUAGCAAAAUAUGGAGUGAGUGGAGGGGUUCUCGGACCUUUUUUCGAGUACAGACGAGAGUUGUAUAAGACUGGAGUGACCGUUCAUAUAAUCGAGCCGGGUGCCUUUAAGACGGCAAUUAUGUGCAAGGACAGAACGAGAAAUGACAUUGAGACAAGAUUUCGAAACUGUGAUGAGGAGCUACAUGAGUACUAUGGUGAAACAUUUAACACUGAGAGUGACUCAACAAAGAUUGGGUUCAUUUGUGGCUCAGGCUUUUCGCCAAAGGUUCACAAAGAAGUAGACUCGUAUGAACAUGCCAUCCUAUCUAGGUUUCCUAAACACAGACAUGUCGUUGGUUUAGAUGCCAACAUUUCUUACCGCAUCUUGUGGAAUCUUCCUGAAUGGCUGGCAGACUAUAUUGUCACAAGACCAAUGUCAACACCCUCUGGAGCCAAGAAAUUAAUAAGUAGCUUAAUAGAUUACAUUUUGUAUGUAUUCCCAAGAUUUUAUUAAACGUUUUACUGAAGAUACCUUCACAAAUGUGAAAUGUGUUGAACAGAUUUUUACAGCAAAUGUAGUUUUACAAGGUCCAUAUAAUGUGAUGAUCUUGACCUUGAAUACCUGGAUAAGUGAUUUAUUUCGCAUAUGUGUAAACGUUUUUAAAAGUCAAUAGCAGUUUGACAGAACACAUUUUAGAUAUUUUAACAUAAACAGCCUGUAAACAAAUUGUUUCUUUUAGUAUUGAAAACAAAAGAAAAAAACGACAGCAAACAUCAAAAUAAAACAUUGAAAUAGUUUAAUAACAAGGAGUGGGCGACACCAUUUUGAAUUUAAUAUAUAUAUAUAUAUAUGUCAUUCACGUGACGUAUUUUGUAAAUAUCACAAUGUCGAUUGUCGAAAUUAUAUCAUUUAACAGUAGUAUGACCCAGAUGUAAAAAUAGGUGUUUAUAUUAAUAAUUAAGGUUGAUAAAAGUUAGAUUGUGAAUCAGAAUGAUAGAAGAAGAACUUCUUAGUACAAUCGUUGAAAAAGAAGAGAAGCGAAAGGGAGUGGGGCUCUUUCGUUAAGACAUAGAAAAUGCCUAAGAGACACACACAAAACGGAUUAUGGGGGGAAUUACAUAAUUAAAACGCAAAAAAUAACGCUUUAAAGAAGCUAUGUCAUGCAAUGAGUCGGCAAAUAAGAAUCGCAUUAAUUACCUGGUACAGUAAAACGACAUAUGGAUAGAGUGGAUUGAAGACAGCAGCGAAAGAGAAACUUAGAGUAAAAUAGCUGGACAGUUUAUACAAAUAUUUAACCCCCUACAUCCCGUAACUAAAAUUUUCUAAAGCCGGCAUAUACAUCGGUCAUCGGAUUGGUCCUUUUAACAGACAGAGAGAGACCCAUUAUGAAGAUCGUCUUCAUAAUAAAAAGACACGUAAUCAUAAAACUAGUUAAACAAAAACGAAACCUGUAUAAGUGAAGGACCAUUGACAACGAUCAACGCAGAAGUGUUCGCUAGUGUAAAGAAAAUGUAGUCAGAUUUAGUGAAAUCGUAAUAUUCAAGAGAGGGAGCCGUUUGUUUUACAGAUAUAUCAACGAACAACGGUAUACCGUCAACAGUCAACACGGAUAAGUAUAGCUUCUUGCUGUAUCUUCUUCCAUGGCUGAACUAAUAACAAAAAGAGUGCACAAAACCUCUCUUUUUGAUACACUAUUGAACAUACAGUGUGAGUUUUACAAAGCGGAAUGGCACAAAUCUAAGGGACCACGAGAAAACAACUCGAGGCAGAGACGCUAGUUUGACAGUUGCGCUGACAAAUAAUACAGAAUAAAUAAUCGGUCGAAUAUUUAAAUUACAAUUAAGAAAACUUAACUUACUAAAACUAUUUGGUUAUGCAGGUGUUUAACGUACAUAAAUAGUUAAUAUAUACAUUUAUUUACAGUAUGUGUUUAACAAAGCGGAAGUGCACAAAUCUAAGGAACCACGAGAAAACAACUCGAUGAAGUUAUGGAAUGUGUUGUGUGGUUUUCCUUUGUACUCCUUUAAUCAGAUCAAAGUGUUUGCUUUAUAAGGCACUCGGACUGCAUUAGCAUGUUUUAUGUGUACCCUUACUAGUGACUAAUAUAGGUUGUGAAUGUUUUCUCAUUAAGUAAGUGGAAAAUUCGUCAUAUUAUCGUAAACAUUGAGUCAGCUUUCGUGACUUUUUCUUGUCAAUUGUUAUCUUAGGUUCGAAUCAAUUAUUAUCCCUAUGUCUAUUACCUUCUCUCUUGCUCUAACUCUGUUAAUAGGCGAGUAUAUUUGAAUGUAUAUUUUUAUAUGCAUUUGCUUACAUUUGUCUGGAUUGAAACGAAGAAGCCAUAUGUCGCUCCAUUCAGUUAAACGGUCUAGGUUUUCCUGUAGCGUUAUCAUUUCAUCUCUGUUAUUAAUUGUUAUUAUCUCUACCAUUACUUUCGCUUCCAUUACUGAGGCGAGGCAUACACACAUAGUUCUAUAUUAUCUCAGAACCUUUAAAUACACGAUUGUUAAUAUGCAUAAACUAUUGCACUCAUACAAGCACACACAAGUUCUCACUUACAUGCACAUACGCACACUCAUCGCACAAACACAAGUGCUCACUUACAUGCACACACGCACACACUCAUCGCACUAACACAUGUACAGUUGCAUCCAGACACGCAACAAAGGUUUUAAUGUAUAUAUUCAUUUACGGAGGAAACAAUCAACUAUUUAUCUUCGCAUAUUUUGUAUCGCUGUGGUAUUCUUCAUCCAACAUAAAUUUUACUUUUAUGAACAUAAAUAUUCAUAAAGCAAUACGGUAUAACUGCAUGCAUAAAUGUAAUAUGUAUGCACUUAAGCUAAUAAAUGGUGUGAAAAGUGAA